CCGAACCAGCUCAUUCAUAUCGUUCGUUCAGAUUCGGACGAGUUUCGCAAACGUUCGGGAUCAUCGCGAAGUGACGGAAAACGAUGGGGACGCAAAGAUACGGGAGGCGGCGAGCUGAGAUGCUGUAUACAACCGGACUUACUACGUAGUAAUGUUGACAAACAUUGGUUUUUCGAAGAUGAACAGGUCCGAAUAAAUGGCUCAGUGUUCGCUCGACGUGAGAAUUUUGACAAUCUCCUCUCGAUCAUCCCUUUGUCAAAAUUCAACGGCAUUCAUAUCAAGAGUUUCCUGCGUUGA